ACAGGAAUCAUAUGAAUCUGCUGAACACCAGGGGGAAUAAUACGUGCCAAAGGUACAUAUUGUAGAUAACUCAUUGAAUGCCCAUCCGAUAUUAAGCCGUUGCAAAUCCGUUGCACGAACCACUAGGAAUGAACAGCGCAUGCAGAGCAGGUAUACUUACAUUUCAUGGUAACUUGCCAGUUAUAUGAAAGGCCAUCUACUUUGGGCGGGUUUGGCUUACUUGCAGAUAGGAUGUGUGGCCUACAAAUUAACUGUUGAAUAUAGUUCAGGGUGAGUUCAUUGCUAAAAGGUCCAGGGGUUACUCCUACUUAUAAAAUGCAUGCCUGAUAUCAAAGACACGUAUCAAGCUCCUCGCAGAUGCAAUAUUUAAUAGUUUUUGCUAAUAAUUAAUAUUAUGGAGAUGAUUGAGAUAGUGCAGGUAAUUGGACUUUUCCUAGGUUUUGGAGGAUGGAUAGUUACCAUGGUGUCACUGCAAGACCAGUAUUGGAAGGAAUCGACGACGGAGGGGAGUGUGAUCACCACAUCCACCAUUUAUGAAAACCUAUGGAUGUCUUGUGCAAGCGACUCCACUGGGAUCUAUAACUGCCGGGAUUUCCCCUCUCUUUUUGCACUUCCAGGAUACAUACAGGCGUCCCGGGCACUGAUGAUCGCGGCCAUCGUCUUCGGGACGUUUGGCCUGGCGGCCUCGCUGGCAGGAAUACAGUGCACCAAAAUAGGAGGGGACAACUACGCCCUCAAAGGACGCAUCGCUGCCAUCGGCGGCGUCUUCUUCAUCCUACAAGGACUGUGUACCAUGAUCGCCAUUUCCUGGUAUGCAGCCAACAUUACACAGCAGUUCUUUGACGAGUUCUACCCAGGAACAAAGUAUGAGAUCGGAGAAGGUCUUUACAUCGGCUGGUCAUCAGGCGUACUGUCCCUCUGUGGAGGGGGAUGUUUAAUGUGCUCUUGCAAACUCGACACACCCGAGGAAAAAAGAGCGUACGUCCACCAGCCGCCUUCCAGGGGGAACCCCCGCUCUGCUGUCGGGUCCCCACAGCACGCCCCCUCGAUUAACUACGGACGCAACGCUUAUGUCUGAGUGGUCAAGUGACGAGGAGGGGCUGAACCCGUGUUGUUUGUUUGUUGACUGAUCAGGGAUUUACCAACCUGUUUAAUUAAUCCACAGGGUUGGUCCUUUAUUGUUUAUUGUGGAUUCAGGUGAAGCUCUAGCAACAGAACUACUGUUCUCUGUUCUGUUGACUAUUUAUUAUUACUAUCAACGGUCCACUUUUUUCAUUGAUCUAACAUGCUCUUGCCACUUGUAAUCCUUGGCUAUUUGCUAAUAAAACAAGGAUACUGCUUCAUAUGUAGUCCCAGUUGGAUAACGCAAACCCGGACCCAUGACCUCAACGGUCCGUAACAAUUUUCCUUUUUUUUUUGGGGAAUAUUUGGGAAUCUGGGAUACCCGCAGCACACUGUGUAUGAAUCAGUACUCUCGGCUAUUAGAAAAUAGCAGUGCGGGACUGUUCCCCUCUAGGCUGGACAUGAUGCGUGUUGGGAGUUUUGUCACACUCCCAAUAGGUACAUUUGAACCAUUUCAAAAGGUAUUCUGUCCUUAAUGUCAUUAAGGGAUUCUGAAUGAGAACCACUGCAAAUCAACCGUUUGAGAUAUUCCAACUGAGAGAGAUCUAUAGGUUAGCCAGACAACAUAGCAUUUGUCAGCUUCAUGCAUCUGGGAUGCCACCCAAAGAAAGGGGUUGGACCCAUGCAUCCACAAGGUGGACCGUAACACUGGCUUGGAUUUGCCCCAAACCAUCCUAGGUUUCGCAAUGACUGGCCAUCAAUUUAAUAUUCUUCUGGUUUUCGAAAUUAGUGCGCAAAAAUCUAUAUUAUGGUUGUCUAGCUUCCAUGAAGCCAUAAUACAAAAAAAUAUGAGAAUACAUGAUACAUAGCUGGCUGCAUGUCUCUGAACUGCUGUUGACUCCCAGUGCAGCAGAGAGGAGCAGGUUUUGAUGUUUCAUGCAAGGAGAGAUGUGUGUGUUUCCUUAAAUCAGCUCUUUCACUAGGCAUAAAAAGGUAUAUUAAGUUUAUAUUGCAGUGGUUCCUCAUGGGAGUCCACUUUGUAUUAAAUCUGUACUCCAUUUGCAAUGACGCCAAAACGUGUACAAUUUGCUGUUUUUUUUUAAUUUUUUUACAGUUGUAGAAGUUAUUUAUAGGGUCAGAAGAAAUCAAAUACAAAUAAAAAAUUGAUAUAU